AUGCAGGAGCCAUUGCAUGGCUGCAUUAGGCAGGAGCAAUACAAAAGCUAUUUGGUGAGUGUGACAGGUUGCCUUCUGCUGGUUCUUCUCUACAUUGGGAGCUUAUACAUUUGGUGCAGCACCUUACCAAGGGACCAUCCAAGGGUGAUAAAGCGUCGCUGUGCCAGUGUUAUUCUGGUGUCUGCAGUAUCUCCUGCGUUUGUGAAGCUAUGGAUGUACUGGGCUGAUAUCACAGUGAAACAACAAGUGGAUAAAUCUCUGUGGGAACUGAUGGGAGUUUGUUUAAAAGGAAUAAUUCCUGCAUCAACACUGCCUUUGCUACUGAUAACGUUUUUUUAUCUGGGACCCUUGGUUCAGUCUGCUCUGGACAACCCUGAUGGCUUCGCCGGCGAGCUGCGAUCUGCUUUGGAUGUUCAAACCUGGAGGCUGUGCAUGCAAGAUGCAGAGUGGAUCAGGAACCAGGUGGUGGCGCCAGUGACGGAGGAGCUGGUGUUCAGAGGAGCCAUGCUGCCUAUGAUGGUGCCCUGCACUGGAACCACAGCUGCUAUUUUUAUCGCUCCUCUCUUCUUUGGUGUUGCUCAUUUUCAUCAUAUCAUAGAGCAGCUGCAGCUGGGAAAGGACAGAGUGAGUGCCAUCUUCCUGGGGUCAGGAGUGCAGUUUUUGUACACAACUGUUUUUGGUGUCUUUGCUGCCUUUUUAUUCACGAGAACUGGUCAUAUCGUGGGUCCAAUUUUAUGCCAUUCCUUCUGCAACAGCCAGGGUCUCCCUGACAUCGGUUCUGCUCUCAGCCACCCUCAGCGUUCAGCUGUGCUCUUCUGUUAUCUGAGCGGAUUCCUGCUGUUUCUGGUGCUGCUCUUUCCUUUGACAGACCCUUUCCUCUAUGGAGCCAGACCUGUCUGCAGCCUGGCUGCCUCUCAAACAUUGGAAUGCUGA